GCCACCACACCCAGCUAACUUUUUUGGUAUUUUUAGUAGAGAUAGGGGUUUCAUCAUGUUGGCCAGGAUGAUCUCGAUCUCCUGACCUGGUAAUCUACCCUUGACUUCUCAAAGUGCUGGAUUACAGGCAUGAGCCACUGUGCCUGGCCUGACUAUGACUAUCUUAAAUUGUAUAUUUUUAGGCAGUAUUGGAGCAUCUAGACAUUUUGUUGUGAUAGGAGUUUGUCCUUGCAGGCAUUACUAAACUGCCCUUUUAGCCAUAGCAUCUUACGACCAUGGGUCAGGACUGGCAAGGAAUGUGCCUUGCUAGUUUUAAGAUGGAGUUGGGGCCGGGUGCGGUGGCUCACACCUGUAAUCCCGGCACUUUGGGAGGCUGAGGAGGGUGGAUCAUGAGGUCAGGAGAUCAAGACCAUCCUGGCUAACAUAGUGAAACCCCAUCUCUAUUAGAAAUACAAAAAAUUAGCCAGGCAUGGUGGCAUGUGCCUGUAAUCCUGGCUACUCAGGAGGCUGAGGCAGGAGAAUCACUUGAACCUGGGAGGCAGAGGUUGCAGUGAGCCAAGAUCAUGCCAUUGCACUCCAGACUGGGUGACAGAGUGAGACUAUGUCUCAAAAAAAAAAAAGAAAAAAAGAAAGAAAGAAAGGAAAAGAUGGAGUUGGGACAGGCCUGGUAGCUCAGGUCUGUAAUUCCCGCAUUUGUGGAGGCCGAAAUGGGUGGAUUGCUUGAGCCCAGGAAUUUGACCCCAGCCUGGACAGCACUGCAAAACCAUGUCUCUAUAAAAAAAAAAAAAAUACAAAAAUUAGCCAGGCAUGAGGUUGUGUGCCUAUAGUCCCGGCUGCUUGAGAGGCUGAGGUAGGAGGUUGGCUUGAGCCCGGGAGGUGGAGGUUGCAAUGAGUCUAGAUCACGCCACUGCACUCCAGCCUGGAUGACAGAGCCAGGCCCUAUCUCAAAAAAGAAAAAAAAAAAAAGAUGGAGUUGAUUUUUAAACAGUAUCACCCUGUCUCUCCUAGGCUCCUGUUUCCCUAACAGCAUGACCAGCCCCCUGGCAACUCCUACCCCUUGGUCUCUGACCUUUUCCUCCUCAGGGGUGACCUCUAGCCUGGAUUUUGAAAACAUAUUAGUAUUGCCUAUUUCUGAACUUUAUGCAGAUGGAGUUAUUGGUAUGUAUUCAUUUGCAUCUAGUGUCUAUACAUUCGUAAAAUCGAUCACUGUGCAGCCAUUAAAAAUACUGAGAGGCUGCUAUAUAAUUUCACAUGGAACGUUUCAGGACACAUUGCUAAGUAAAAGCAAAGAGAAAGCAGACACUGAGUGUAGACCGUUACAUGCAUGAAUGUCUCUAAACAGUAUAUGAGGCACCUUCAGGUCUCUUUUUUUAAUUUUUUUGAGACAGUCUCGCUCUCUUGCCCAGGCUGGAGUGCAGUGGCAUGAUCUCAGCUCACUGCAACUUCCACUUCUGAGGUUCAAGUGAUUCUCCUGCCUCAGCCUCCCAGGUAGCUGGGAUCACAGGCACCUGCCACCACGCCCAGCUAAUUUUUGUAUUUUUAGUAGAGAUGAGGUUUCACCAUGUUGGCCAGGCUGGUCGGGAACUUCUGACCUCAAUUGACCUGCCAGCCUUGGCCUCCCAAAGUGCUGGGAUUUCAGCUGUGAGCCACCCAGCCUGACCUCAGGUCUCUUUAAUACAGGAAAGGGACCAUUGGUAAAUGUAGGUGAAUGAAGGGAGAAUUAGUGUUUACCGUGUAAACUUUUGUAUGGAGUCGUUUUUAACUUGUGCAUGCAUGUAUUACUUUUAAAAUGAAAUUUUAAAAACUAAAGUGAGUAAGUGUCUGUGUAAUGAACACAUGAGCAUUUACAAAGCAGUGCCAGCGUCUUGCUUGGGAAAAACUCCAUGAGCACUGGGCUGAGGGGCAACAAUGCUGGAGUGGAGAGAGGCUGAGAUAUACUCUGGAAAAGGUAAAAAAGGGCCCCCAAAGCACAUAUCCUUUUUUAUUUUUUUUGAAGUUGAAUCUCACUCUGUUGCCCAGGCUGGAAUGAAUGGCACCAUCUCAGCUCAUUGCAAUCUUCGCCUCCCGGGUUCAAGUGAUUCUCCUGCCUCAGCCUCCUGAGUAGCUGGGAUUACAGGUGCACGCCACCACACCCGAAUAAUUUUUAUAUUUUUAGUAGAGCUGGGGAUUCAUCAUGUAGAUCAGGCUGGUCUUGAACUCCUGAACUCGUGAUUGGCCUGCCUCAGCCUCCCAAAGUGCUGGGAUUACAGGCACAAGCACUGCACCCAGCCCCCGCCCCUCCUUUUUUUUGAGACAGGGUCUUGCUGUGUUCCCAGGCUGGAGUGCAGUGGUGUGAUCACAGCUUGCUGUAGCCUCCACCUCCUGGGCUCAAGCAAUCCUCCCACUUCAGCUUUCCAAACAGCUGGGACUACAGGCACACACCACUAUGUCUGACUAAUUUUUGUAGUUUUUGUGGAGACAGGGUUUAAUCAUGUUGGCUGGGCUGGUCUUGAAGUCCUAGACUCAAACCAUCUGCCCGCUUUGGUAUCCCAAAGUGCUGGGAUUACAAGCGUGAGCCACCAUGCCCAGCCAUUAUCUGGCUAUGGAGAAAACUGAAGGCUAUGAAGGCUAUGGAGAAAACUGAGCUACAGAGGCAGGAGGGCAGGCUUGUCAAUUACCGGUGAGAUACCUGUGAGGCAAAGAGCUUGGAAACCUUGCUUUAAAGGAGAAACAGAGAAAAAAGGGAGGGGGAUGAGAGAGACUCCCCCGAACUCACAGGGCCAGCUGCUCCCUGCCUGCAGUCUUCACUCUCUCAGCAUGUGGCAGACGGCACCUUCUUUUCUUACCUGCUUCAUGCCCUAGCUCUGGGGUUCCUUUGAUGCCUCUCAGUUUCAGUAACUUGCAUUCCUAGAAAAACCCUACCUGACAUAUUAUCCUUUUAAAGAUAUUGUUGGAUUCAGGUUGCUAAAAUUUUAAGAACUUUUGUGUCUAUGUUUAUGAAAGUUAUUGAUUCCUAUAAUUCUCUUUGGUCUAGCUUUGCCUGGUUUGGUAUCAAGGUGCUGGUCUCAUGGAAUGAAUUGGAAAAGAUUCCUUCAUCUUUAAUUUCUACAAGAGUUUGUGUAGAAUUGGUGGUAUUUCUUCCUUAAAUAUGGAUAGACAUAUUUUACCAACGAUGCCAUCUAGGCUUUGAGUUUUCUUUGUAGAAAAGUUAUUACCCACAAUUCAAUUUUCCAGGUAGAUAUAAAGUUGUUGAGGUUGUUUAUUUCUUUGUGAGUGAGCUUUGUUAGUUUGUGUCUGUCACAGAAUUUGUCCAUUUUAUCUAACAUGUUGAGUUUACUGGCAAAAAGUUGUUCAUAUUGUGCCCUUAUUUUCCUUUUAAUGUCUGUGGUGUCUGUAAUGAUGUCUACCUUCGUUCCUGACACUGGAAAUUUGUGUCUUUUUCCUUAAUUAGUCUGGCUAGAGAUUUUUGUUUUAUUGAUUUUCUCAACGAAGAACCAGCUUUUGGUUUCACUGAUUUUCUUUCAAUUAUUUUUAAUUCUUUUGUUUGUUUGUUUUGAGAUGGAGUCUUGCACCUUGGUUUGGUUUUGUUCAUGUGUGUGUGUGUGUGUGUGUGUGUGUGUGUGAAUCUCGGCACUUUGGUUUUAAUUUUGUUACUCUGUAAGCCAGACUUGGCUCCUUAAACUUGUUUCUGUUUCUGACUUGGUUGGAGGGAGGAAAGGCCUGUCGUAGAGGAUGGGGAAAAUCCUGUUGUAGAGGGCAGGUGAGAGCAGCUUAAUCGCCUCCCUCUAGGAUUAAGGGGUGCCCAUUCCGGGGGUAGCUGGAGAUUAUGUGGAAACCCUUAUAUCCUGAGAGCCAGCAAAGAGUGGGAUAGAGCCUGCUGGACUGGCAGCUGACAUAGUGCAUACAAUCCAAAGGAGGGUCCCCACAGAAGGCAGGAGCAUUUUUGUGGGGGUUUAAGGGAUCCUCCUGAUUAAGCAUCACCAGAACCUCAGAAUCUGUGUGAUUGUGCAUCAUAAAGGUGGAGGAAGGAGGCAAUAAAUGAAAAUGGGAAGUGAGUCAAAACUUGCACCUACUCCUUUGGAGUGCAUGCUAAACAAUUGCAAGGAAGGUUUUUCUGGGAAAUAUGAUGUAAAGUUGUCUCCUCAAAGGUUAAAAACUCUUUGUGAAUUAGAAUGGCCUUCUUUUGGUGUCAGCCAUCCAGACAAAGAAACUACAGAUUAAAAAAACAACAGCAAUUGGCCGUGUAUUUAAGGUGGUAAUCAAGGUCAAAGGACAGCCAGGGCAUCUGGACCAAUUCCCUUACAUUAACUCAUGGCUAAUCAGAAUUCAGACCCAACCUGUGUGGCUGCAGCCCUAUCUAGCAAAUUACUGCAAAACGCUCGUAGUUCAGGCUGAGCCCAGCAUAAAAGAAAGAUCAGCUCUGCUGGUAGCUUAAAAAAAAAAGGUAAAAAGAAAAAUCAGGGAUAAAAAAAGUUCAACUGCUAACCCUAAAGACAAGGGAGAGCUGUCUGCACAGCUGUGUGUGGGAGUUGCCAGGCUCAACAGCUUAAGGCAAACAGUGUAACAGUAAGAGCAAACUUAAAACAAAAACAAAAAAAUCACUAGGUGGUGACCCAACCUGUAGCUCCUUUGUCCAGUAAGACAAUAAAUAUAAUUGGGGCCACUAAAGUUUCAAAGAAACAGGCUUUCUGCCUACCAUGGACCUGUUUGAUGGAAGGCCACGAGAUUAUACAUCAGGUUUUGUAUGUGCUGGACUGCCCCCUACCCCUCUUGGGGAGAGACUUGCUGAGCAAACUAAGAGCUACUGUCACAUUUACUGAUAAGGGCUCGCUCAAACUACCUGAGGCAGAAAUUAUCAUGGCUCUCCCAGUCCUGAGGGAGGAGUGGAGACUCUUCCUAACUAAGCUGGGAGGAGAAUUAACCCCUGGACCAAGGAUGGCCACUGGUCUGGGCAGAAAACACUCCAGGAUUGGCAGUAAACCAAGCCCCAGUGGUUGUCAAAGUAAAGCCAGGGGCACUACCAGUUAGACAGAGGCAGUACUGAGUACCAAGGGGAGCUCUUGAGGGCAUUCAGGUCCAUCUCAGACCCCUGAAAGCUUAUGGUAUUUUAGUUCCCUGCCAGUCUCCUUGGAACAUGCCUCUCAUGCCUGUCCUCAAACCCGGGACCAAGGACUAUACACCGGUGCAGAAUUUGCACUUGGUCAACCAGGCAACUGUGACCUUGCACCCCACAGUGCCCAAUCCUGAUAUUUUGCUGGGAGUUGCCAGCUAAGAACAGCUGGUUCACUCACUUAGACUUAAAGGAUGCUUUCUGAGUGUCUGGUUAGCCCUUGAGAGCCAAAAACUGUUUACCUUCCAGUAGGAAGAUCUGGAGUCAGGCAUAACAACACAGUACACCUGGACUCGGCUUGGACAGGUGUUCAAGAACUCCCUAACCAUCUUCAGAGAGGCAUUGGCCUGGCAGCUCCAGAGUUUGUCCACCAACGAUCUAGGUUGUGUGCUGCUUCAGUACGUGGAUGACCUUUUGCUAGGGCACCUGGUAGCAGCCGGAUGUGCCUGGGAAACUGACUUGUCACUCAGACACCUGGAGACCUGUGAAUACAAGGUCUCUAAAAUGAAGGCCCAGAUUUGCCAAUAGCAGGUGUGCUAUCUGGGAUUUACUGGUGAAGAGGAAGACCCAGGCAUCUCAGAUCAACUUUCCCUUUUCAUUUCUAAGACUGUAAACUUCCCCUUUUCAUUCCUAAGACUAUAAACUGAAACCCUUUUCAUAUGUAAUUCCUGAGACUGUAAACUGAGAUCCUUUUCAUAUGUUAAGCUGUAAAGCUAAGAUUUUCCACCUGUAACAUCUAAAGUAUAAGCCUAUAUGAAGAUGGAACCUUCCUUUGUUAGGGGAGCUUGGCUGUUAGGCAACUAUGCCACCUUGCUCCCAGCCGAAUAAACCCUCCUUCCUCUUGUAUUCGGUGUCCGCAGCCACUCCUGCUGCAUUUUGGUGUGUUGGCUGGAAGUGAGUCUCGGAUAGCAAACGGCGGGAAAAAGUCUCUUAGGUGGUUUGCCUAGGCCUGUGGAGCAUCCCUGCAGGGGGACUCCUGCUCGCUAGGGUGAUGCAUCCUGAGAGCGCUCCUGGGCAGGUAUCUGCCUGGUGGAAAAGCCUUGCCAGAGCAGAGCAGGGAGGCCCUGCAGUGUGGAUCCCCCCAGUGGCUGAACACCGAGGAGGAAUGAGUAUUUGGGGAAGUCUGGACCACUGAAUUUGGUAAGAUUGAACUCGGGAAAGUAGCCCAUCCAUUUUGGGUGGAGACAUGGCCUGAUCACCUGCAGGUCCAGGUUGGCACUUUUGAAGAUAGCUCUCUCUGUAACCUUGGAAGCUUUUGCGUAUGGUUUUGAAUUGGAAGGAGAGCAAUUGGAUGUGUGUCUAUGUGUGUAGAUGUGUCCAGCCGGACUCAUCAGUCAUAAACGGUAUCGGGCCCAUUAGGAAGGGCCUCAUGCUUUGAGCAAUUUGUAAGAAUUAGAGACAGCCGGGCCAGGUGCGGUGGCUCAUGCCUGUAAUCCCAGCACUUUGGGAGGCCAAGGCGGGUGGAUCACGAGGUCAAGAGAUCAAGACCAUCCUGGUCAACAUGGUGAAACCCCGUCUCUACUAAAAAUACAAAAAAUAAGCUGGGUAUAGUGGUGCGUGCCUGUAAUCGCAGCUACUCAGGAGGCUGAGGCAGGAGAAUUACCUGAACCCAGGAGGCGGAGGUUCCGGUGAGAUUGUGCCAUUGCACUCCAGCCUGGGUAAACAAGAGCGAAACUCCAUCUCAAAACAAACAAACAAAGAAUUAGAGACAGCCACGUAAGGCUGAGUGAAGAAGCCUCUGGGCGUUGUAAAAGGAUUGAAGUGAAUGUAAAUUGGAGAGUGCUCCGUGCUGCCUCUUGCUAGGCAGGAACUGCUGUGAAUGAACUAACACUCUCCUAACUGUGGGAAUUGUUUCUUUGAAGUGUUAAUAUGGCUCACUCCCAUAGCAAGCCCACCCCUUUAGAAACCAUGCUGAAAAAUUUCAAGAAGGGAUUUAGUGGGAAUUAUAAAGUAACUUUGACACCAGAGAAAUUAAGGGUUUUGUGUAGAGAAGAUUGGCCAGCAUGUAGGGUAGGUUGGCCCCCAGAGGGGAUGCUAGACAGGACCCCUUGUCUCCGAAGUAAGGCAUGAGGUUAUAUACAGUGAGCUAGAACACCUUGAUCAAUUUCCAUACAUAGACUCAUGGUUGCAGUUAGUGUUAAACCUUCCGAAGUGUCUAAGAGAGCAGGCAGCGACUGUUUUAGUAGUCAAGGGACAGACUGCUAGAAACCACCAUCCCCCUCGCUGUUGAGAAACGUGGACUCCCAAGUCCAGGCAAAUUCAGUGGCAGAAACAGGUAGGAUUUGCAUGCAUGAAUACUUCAGUUAUUGGAAGUAGCUAACCAAGCGUUCGUAAACCAAGAGGCGGUAAGCCAGAGGGAAAUCACAGGGAAAAGGAACGUCAGGCUCAACGGAAGGCUGACUUGAUAGCUGCUGCUAUGAUAGGAAUGCCCCCAAGAGCAUGGAAAAAGGGGAGUUCCUGGAAAGCCCCACAGUCUGCCGGCCUGCGCCUGCAACGUGAUCAGUGUGCAUUUUGUCAAGAAAUAGGACAUUGGGAAAAAAAUGCCCACAGUUAACAGGAGAACAGGGCGAUCCUAAGCACAAGGAUUCAGAUAAAAAGUGAAGGGGCUCUGUUCAAUCUAAUGGAAAGUUCACUAAACUAAAAGAGAAGGGGGCCAGACUCAUAUGUCCCCAAAGAGCCCAUAGUUUGGACAACAGCCCUGUAACGCCCCAUGAAAAAAACAGAACCAAUAUUGUUAGAGCUAUUAAGGUGUUAAGAGAACAGACUUUCUUGUACUUAAUGGACUGCCUCUGCCCCCUCUUCUCUGGUAAAACCUGUUGUGUAAAACCAGAGGCCACUAUCCCAUUCAAAAAGAGACUCCCUGCAGCUAAAAAAGCCUCAGGCAGGGGUCAUCUAGGCUCUCACUGUCCCUUGGAAAGGCCAGUGGAGCCUCCCUAGCCUGAAGCAGAAGAGUGAUAUUAUCACCCAGGCCUGUGCAGGGCUUGAGUGGCUUUGCACCCAACUCAUGCGCAGUUGGGAUUAUUGCCAGCAGAGGAUAGUUGGUUCACUUAAUUAAACUUAAAGAAUACCUCCUUAGCAUUGGACUGACCUCGGAGGGUCAAAAACUAUUUGCAUAUCAAUGGCAGAAACCCAGAAGCAGGUGUAACCACUCAAUACACCUGGACCCAGCUUCCCAGGGGCUCAAAAAACUCUCUCAUCAUCCCUGGGGAGGCUUCAGCCGGUGACCACCCCCGAGGAGAAGCGUCUUGCUUGCACGCUGCCCCCGUAUGCUGAUAACCUUCUAUUGGGACACCCCACGGCAGGCAGUCUGGUGCGCAAACAAAUGCCUUAUUUCGGCACCUGGAGGAGUGUGGGUAUAAAGUGUCUAAAAGGAAAGCCCAGAUUUGCCAAAAAGCAAAUGCAGUAUCUGAAGCUCACCAUCGGAAGGGGGAACGCAGCAUAGAAGCAGAGAGGAAGCAAGCCGCUUGCAAAGUGGCAGAACCUGAGACUAAAAGGCAAGUGAGAGAGCUCCUGGGAGCAAUGGGUUUUGUAAAUUGUGGAUUUCCAAACUUCGCAGUACUAGCCAAAUCCCUCUAUACUGUGACAAAUGGGGGAGACAAGGAGCCCUUUGAAUGGGGAUCCCAGCAGCGUCAGGCCUAUCAGGAACUGAAAACAAAACUAAUGUCAGCUCCAGCUUUGGGGCUGCCUGAUUUAACAAAGCCCUUCACAUUAUAUGUGGCAGAAAGAGAAAAAGUGGCAGUUGGGGUCCUAGUCCAAACAGUAGGACCUAGGCCCAGGCCUGUAGCUUACCUCUCCAAGCAGCUGGAUGGAGUUUCCAAAGGAUGGCCCCAUGCUUAAGGGCCCUGGCAGCAACUGCUCUGCUAGCACAAGAAUCAGAUAAGCUAACUCUUGGACAGAACCUAAAUAUCAAGGCACCUCAGGCAGUAGUGACUCUAAUGAAUACCAGAGGGCACCACUGGUUAUCAGAUGUUAGGCUGACCAAAUACCAGGGCCUGCUAUGUGAAAAUCCCCACAUCGCCAUUGAAGUCUGCAACACCUUAAACCCUGCCACUUUGCUCCCAACGUCAGAGGGUCCCGUUGAACACAACUGUGUUGAAGUCUGGGACAUGGACUAUUCCAGCAGGCCUGAUCUUUGGACUGUAGCAGACUGGGAGUUGUAUGUGGAUGGGAGCAGCUUUGUCAAUCCACGAGGGGAGAGAUGUGCAGGCUAUGCCAUGGUAACUCUGGACACUGUAAUCCAGGCCAGAUCCCUGCCUCAGGGUACCUCAGCUCAGAAGGCUGAACUCAUUGCUUUAACUCAAGCCCUAGAGCUGAGUAAAGAUAACGUAAACAUUUACACUGACUCUGGAUAUGCCUUCCCGGCUCUCCAAGUACAUUGAGCACUGUACAAAAAGAGAGACCUGUUAACUUCAAGGGGAAAAGAAAGUAUCAGCAUGAAAUUUUGUAGCUGCUCGAAGCAGUCUGGAAGCCCCGGAGGGUGGCGGUCAUGCCUUGCCGUGGACGUCAGUGGGCCCACAACUCCGUGGCCCUGGGAAAUUCCCGAGCGGAUUCAGCAGCUAGUAAGGCAGCAUCUGCCCCCUACCGAACAGCAGUUACAGCCCUGCUGAUUCCCCGGAUCCCUGAUGUAAUACCUACUUACUCUAAGGAGGAAAGAGACUUUCUCCAGACAGAAGGGGGCAACUCAUUAAAGAAGGAUGGAUCCAGUGGCCAGAUGGAAGAAUAGCAGCACCACAGCUGUGGGGGCCGCAGUUGUACAAGCUGUACAUGAGACCACUCAUUUAGGUCAAGAGUCACUUGAAAAGAUGUUGGGCUGGUACUUUUACAUCUCACACUUAGCAGCCUUGACCAAAGUUGUGGCACAGCAAUGCAAUUACAUGUGGGCAACACAACGGGAGGCAGGGCCCAACUAUUCCCCCUGGAAUUCAAGCUUAUGGAGCAGCUCCCUUUAAAGAUAUCCAGGUAGACUUUAUUGAAAUGUCCAAGUGUGGGGAACAUAAGUAUUUGUGGGUCCUGGUGUGCACAUACUCUGGGUGGGACUGACAGAGCCCAUGAAGUAACCCGUGUGCUGCUUCGAGAUCUUAUCCCUAGGUUUGGACUGCCACUGUGCAUCGGAUCAGACAACGGACCAGCAUUUGUGGCAGAUUUAGUCCAGAAAACAGCAACAGGCUUGGGUAUCACCUGGAAACUGCACACUGCCUACCCACCUCAGAGUUCUGGAAAAGUGGAAAAAAAGAACAGGACCAUCAAAAACAGGUAAUCAUGUGUGGAGAAAGGACGGGAGUACAACCCCUCUAAAGCCACAAUGGAAAGGACUUCAGACCUGAUCCAGAACAAUCACACAGCCGUGAAGGUAGAGGGAAUCCCAGACUGAAUCCACCACCGCAGUGUAAAAACCAGCAACAGCUGAGACUUAGACCAAGGCAAGGACUGCAGAAUCACCUUAAAAAGGACAACAAGCCUUGCUCCAGCCACAUCCCGGAAGCUGGCUGGUCCACGCACGGCCAAAGCAUGAGGAGAUUCAUCGUGGGACUUGUUCUUCUUAAUAUUUUGACUUGCACACUAGGAACAUUAAUUUUGAAGAAUGCCCUCUAUGUACACCAGGUAGGAUGUAAAAGUUACUGCCAUUCUUUUGUCCUGCAGUUCUUAUAAAUGUUCGGGAACAUGGAAGGGAAGCUGUUUAUAUAAUGGUACUCAGUAUAAGGUUUGUGAUCUGUGAGAUGGACAGGUGGGAAGCUGUUUAUAUAAUGGUACUCAGUGUAAGGUGUGUGAUCCGUGAGAUGGACAGGUGGGAAGCUGUUUAUAUAAUGGUACUCAGUGUAAGGUGUGUGAUCCGCGAGAUGGACAGGUGGGAAGCUGUUUAUAUAAUGGUACUCAGUGUAAGGUGUGUGAUCCGCGAGAUGGACAGGUGGGAAGCUGUUUAUAUAAUGGUACUCAGUAUAAGGUGUGUGAUCCGUGAGAUGGACAGGUGGGAAGCUGUUUAUAUAAUGGUACUCAGUAUAAGGUGUGUGAUCCGCGAGAUGGACAGGUGGGAAGCUGUUUAUAUAAUGGUACUCAGUAUAAGGUGUGUGAUCCGCGAGAUGGACAGGUGGGAAGCUGUUUAUAUAAUGGUACUCAGUAUAAGGUGUGUGAUCCGCGAGAUGGACAGGUGGGAAGCUGUUUAUAUAAUGGUACUCAGUAUAAGGUGUGUGAUCCGUGAGAUGGACAGGUGGGAAGCUGUUUAUAUAAUGGUACUCAGUAUAAGGUGUGUGAUCCGCGAGAUGGACAGGUGGGAAGCUGUUUAUAUAAUGGUACUCAGUAUAAGGUGUGUGAUCCGCGAGAUGGACAGGUGGGAAGCUGUUUAUAUAAUGGUACUCAGUAUAAGGUGUGUGAUCCGCGAGAUGGACAGGUGGGAAGCUGUUUAUAUAAUGGUACUCAGUAUAAGGUGUGUGAUCUGUGAGAUGGACAGGUGGGAAGCUGUUUAUAUAAUGGUACUCAGUAUAAGGUGUGUGAUCCGUGAGAUGGACAGGUGGGAAGCUGUUUAUAUAAUGGUACUCAGUGUAAGGUGUGUGAUCUGUGAGAUGGACAGGUGGGAAGCUGUUUAUAUAAUGGUACUCAGUAUAAGGUGUGUGAUCCGUGAGAUGGACAGGUGGGAAGCUGUUUAUAUAAUGGUACUCAGUAUAAGGUGUGUGAUCCGUGAGAUGGACAGGUGGGAAGCUGUUUAUAUAAUGGUACUCAGUAUAAGGUGUGUGAUCCGUGAGAUGGACAGGUGGGAAGCUGUUUAUAUAAUGGUACUCAGUAUAAGGUGUGUGAUCCGCGAGAUGGACAGGUGGGAAGCUGUUUAUAUAAUGGUACUCAGUAUAAGGUGUGUGAUCCGCGAGAUGGACAGGUGGGAAGCUGUUUAUAUAAUGGUACUCGGUAUAAGGUGUGUGAUCCGCGAGAUGGACAGGCAGCUGUGUCAUAGGCAUCAUUAAGCCCUCUUUCUUCCUAUUAUCUGUUAAGACAGGUGAGCUGUUAGGGCAUCCAGUCUACUCUGCUAGGGAGAAGAGAGACCUAAAAAUAGGGGAUUGGACAGAUGAUGAGUGGCCACCGGAGAUAAUUAUUGAGUAUUAUGCGCUGGCCACAUGGGCUGAGGAUAGCUCAUGGGGGUACCAGACCCCUAUUCACAUGCUCAACCGGAUCAUCCGGUUGCAGGCUAUUUUGGAAAUAUGAAUUUCCAAAUGAAAUUCUAAUGAAACAGGCAAAGCUCUGUCCCUCUUGGCCCGACAAGAAACUCAAAUGAGAAAUGCCAUUUAUCAGAACCGGGUGGUCCUAGAUUAUUUGCUAGCAGCCGAAGGGGGAGUCAGUGGAAAAUUCAAUCUAAUCAACUGCUAUCUGCACAUAGAUGACCGGGGCAAGCAGUGGACGAUAUUGUGCCAGACAGGACCAAACUGGCACACGUGCCUGUACAGGUGUGGCACGGAUUUAACCCUGAGUCUUUAUUUGGAGGUUGGUUCUCAUCCUUGGGAGGAUUCAAAACCCUCAUCAUAAGUGUUCUAAUAAUAAUCGGUGUUUGUUUACUGUUCUCUUGUCUACUCCCCCUGUUCCUUCAGAUGAUUAGGGGAUUCAUCACUACUGGAGUUAGCCAAAAAAUGACAUCAUAAGUGUAUUAUAUGACACAUUAUCAGUCGGUUUCUUCAGAAAAUCUGGAAAGUGAGAAUGAAAAUGAGACCACUCACUAAUAUUAUAAAGUGGUGAGGGUCUCAAAGGAGGGGGUGAAGAGGGAGAUCCAGGCAUCUCAGAUCAACUUCCCCUUUUCAGUCCUAAGACUGUAAACUGAAACACUUUCAUAUGUAAUUCCUGAGACUGUAAACUGAGACUUUUUUCAUAUGUUAAGCUACAAACCUAAGAUUCUUCCAAGUGUAACAUCUAAAGUAUAAGCCUAUAUAAAGAUAGGCUUCCUUUGUUAGGGGAGCUUGGCGGUUAGGCAACUAUGUCACCUUGCUCCUGGCUGAAUUAACUCCUUCCUCCUGUAUUCAGUGUCCGAGAGAUCUGUUUCCCGUGGCUACUCCUGCUACACUUUCCAGCAGGGGCUGUGAAACCUAGGAAUAAAAAGGAAGCAGGUUAUCGGUAACCUGCUGGUGAAGAAUUGGAGGCAGGUGCGGGAAUUAUUGGCGGCAGUGGGAUUCUGCAAGCUGUGGAUUCCUAACUUUGCAGUUCUGGCUAAAGCCCUAUAUGAAGCCACAGUAAGGGGAAAUGGAGAGCUGUUUAAGUGGCGCUUGGAGCAGCAGGGGGCCUUCUCACAGUAAAAAAAAAAAAACGAACAACUGAUGUCUGCCUCGGCUCUGGGACUGCGGGACUUGACAAAACCCUUUAAGCUGUAUGUGUCUGAGAGAGAAAAAAUGGCAGUAGGGCUCCUGACCCAGACUGUGGGCUUAUGGUCUUGACCUGUGGCAUACUUGUCCAAACAACUGGAUGGAGUUUCCAAGGGAUGGCCCCUGUGUCCACGAGCCUUAGCAACCACUGCCCUACUGGCACAAGAGGCUAACAGGCUAACUUUGGGACAGAAUUUAAAAAUAAAAGCCCCAAAAGCUGACAGUCAUGCACAGCUGAGGACAUGAGUGAACCUCCAGCACAGUAGCCCAGGGAAAUGCCCAUGCAGAUGUGGAGGCUCAGAGGGCAGCAUCUAUCCCACAUCGGGCAUCAGUUGUCUCCCCCCCACUGCCCCAGGUCCCAAAGUUGGUGCCAGUUUAUUCAGAGAAGGAAAGAAAAUUCCUUCAAACUGAAGGUGGAAAGGAAAUAAAGGGAGAAUGGAUAUGUCUGUCAGACGGACGAGUAGCAGUGCCACAACUGCCAGGACCUGCAGUGGUCUUGGCUGUCCAUGAAACCUCUCACCUUGGUCAAGAAACCCUUAAAAAAUUGUUAGGCCAGUAUUUUUACAUGUCUCAUUUAUCUGCACUAGCAAAAACAGUGACAUAACAGUGUGUAACAUGCAGACAGCACAAUGCCAGACAAGAACCUACAA